ACCCUGCAUGGCUUGGUGCUUUCUCUUGCAGGUGCUAGAUGGCCUGUUAGCUCAAUAUGGGACUGUAGAGAAUGUGGAACAAGUCAACACAGACACAGAAACGGCCGUUGUCAACGUCACGUACGCGGCAAAAGAAGAAGCAAAAGUAGCAAUUGAGAAGCUCAGCGGCCACCAGUUUGAGAACUAUUCCUUCAAGAUUUCCUACAUCCCGGAUGAAGAGGUGAGCUCCCCUCCGCCCCCUCAGCGGUCCCGCCGGGGGGGCCGUGCCUCCAGGGAGCAGGGCUCCUCCCCGGGGGGCUCCUCACAGUCCAAACAGCUCGAUUUCCCACUGCGGAUCCUGGUCCCCACGCAGUUUGUUGGUGCGAUCAUAGGAAAGGAGGGCUUGACCAUAAAGAACCUCACUAAGCAAACCCAGUCCAAGGUGGACAUUCAUCGGAAGGAGAAUGCCGGUGCCUCCGAGAAGCCCAUCACCAUCCACGCCACGCCCGAAGGGUGCUCCGAAGCGUGCCGCAUGAUCCUCGACAUCAUGCAGAAAGAAGCCGACGAGACUAAAUCGGCCGAAGAGGUUCCCUUGAAAAUCUUAGCCCACAACAGUCUGGUCGGGAGACUGAUCGGCAAAGAGGGACGAAACCUGAAGAAAAUUGAGCAAGACACAGGGACCAAGAUCACCAUCUCUCCUUUACAGGAUCUAACCAUUUAUAACCCCGAGCGGACCAUCACGGUGAAGGGCAGCAUCGAGGCCUGCUCCGGCGCCGAGGUGGAGAUCAUGAAGAAGCUGCGAGAGGCCUAUGAGAAUGACAUUGUGGCCGUCAAUCAACAAGCCAACCUGAUCCCGGGGCUGAACCUCAGCGCGCUGGGGAUCUUCUCGACGGGGCUGUCCAUGCUGCCCUCCGCAGCGGGGGCCCGCGGGGCUGCUGCGGCCGCCUACAGCCCCUUUGCGGUGAGUACCCGGCGGGCGGGGCGGGGCCCCUCGCUCAGCGGGCUGGGGGGAGACACUCUAGCUAGGCCUGCAGGGGGGCGUUGGCAGGCGGUGUCUGUACAGGCGCCUCCCACGCUAGUUGUGGGGCUGGGCACGCAGCCAGGAGAGGCCGCGCCUAGCAAUGAACCUGCCUGUGGACGGUGCCUACCGGUGGGGCCCAGGCCGGACGCUGGUCGGUGUGUCCUCUGGUGGGGGGCUGGCCUGCGUUUGGCACAGCACAUACCUGCACACGCGCCUUGUGUCCCCCAGCUGGCCCGGGGAAGAGGGCUGGGGGCUGCAUCCCCGGACAGGCAGCUAAACCAGCACAUGCUGUGGGUGCGUCUUCCAGGCUCUGUGCACCCCCUGGGGGAGGCGGCUCCCAGGCAGCUGGGCAGGAGCAGCGCGGGGUGCUGGCGGAGGGCGUGGGCCACAGCGAGCUCCGUGUCAGUCUGGCUUUGGCGCUGCGCCACGUGGCAUCCCCCUAGGCAAACGAGGGCC